AUGGCCGCCACUGCGGGCGGCGGCGGCGGCGGCGGCCCGUGCUUCUCGAUCCGGGGGUACGCGGCGCGGGCGCGGGCUGGCGCGGCGGACGAGGGCGGGAGGUGCUGGCCGCUCGGCGGGCCGCCGGAGCCGCUGCCGCCGAUGGAGGUGCGGCGGUUCCGGUGGUGGGCGGACGAGGCGGCGCUGGCGGACGACAUGGACGAGGGGGAGGAGGAGCGGAGGAACGCGGCCAUGCGCCGGAAGCGCUCCGUCGUCGAGCUCUUCGCCGCCGUGCCGCGGGUCGCCGGCGACGACGGGAGGAAGGUCAAGAGGAAGCUCGACAAGGGGAAGCAGCCGGCCGGGGCUCAGGCCAAGAAGGGGCCCAAGAAGGACAAGGCCCCGGCUGAGAUUGCCGCGAGGAAAAAGGAGAAAAGUGAAAAUGCGAACGCUAACUCACUUAGCAUUUCCCAAUUAUUUCAAGAUGCCAUACAAAAGAGGAAGCUGAAAAAGUCUCCUAGCAAGAAAAGGAAAAAUCAAGAGGUCUCAGUUUUACCGAACAAGAAAAAUAUAAAUGGAAGCAAGAAGUCAGUUUUGUCUAAUCAGAAGGCUAUGGAGAAUGGUUGUGAAGUUCAAACCAUUCUUAAGAAACACUUAGGAACAGGAGAGGGCACAUUUCUGAAAAACUCUGAUGUCACGUGUCCGUCAAAGUCUUCUCUCAAAUCAAAACAUGUUACUUUUUCGGACACAGCUGACAUAUGUGGGUUGACUGCCUCCCAAACUGAAGAUAACACGGAGCAAUCACAGGUGGUUCAGGCAUCCCAGCAACCGUCCCAGAGAGACAAUUCUCAGGUAGUCAAUGAUCAGCGCAAUACAGAAGAGCCAGAGUUGGUGCAUCAGCGGAUAGAUGCUUUAUCGGGGACUAUUGAGCAGGAUAGCAGCUCUUUAUCUGAGAAGGUAGGUUCAACUGGUGCCUCCCAUACUGUUCCACUUACCAAACCUGUGUAUCUGAGUCAUUGCAUAGAGAUCUCUAAGAGGGACAACGGCAACCGUUUGAGCUCCAUGAGCUCAGCUGCCCUGCCUAGUCCAGGGCUUGCUCAAAAGUCUGCUGGCGUUAAUUUCCGUUUGCAAGAAGGCCCAUGUCUUGGUAUUGGGCGUCAAGCUGAAGAAAACUGUCAGAUGAUGCCAAGAGGACCAUCUGUUCCUGCUGGUUUAGCAGUCAACAAAAGACCAGAAUAUCUUAUGAGAACUCCAUUGCCACAUCCUUAUAGUUCUGGCUAUGCUGCUUCUCUCAAAGAAGCAUUGGAUAGGAAUAGAAGCACAAUUCUUCAGGAAAGGUUGAUUGCUAAUUGCCACUUGACAGAAGUUCAUCCUAGUGUUCUUAGAUCUGGUAAUGACGUGGUGAGCAAUAUAAACACCUCAACAGGGUCAAACAAAUCAACAAAUGCACAACCUACAGUCUGUGUAUCUGCAUGCAGGAACAUGUACAGUGACGGCUAUAUGGGUCUUCCUAUUAAUUCGCAUGGUGAAUUUGUCAGGGUUCAAACUGGUGGUACCCUUAAUCCCGAUGAGCUGCUUAAAACACAAUGCUUGGGGAAGGAUUCUUUGCAUCCUUCAACACCUCCAACUUUCUUCACACCUAAUACUUCCUUGGAUUAUGCCCAUUUGAGAAUCAACCAUGAAGCCCCACCAUUUUUUACAGUUGCUAAUUUUGGUAUUCAGCCAGACCCUCGUCUUAUCCCCACAAUGCCAACUGCACUCAGUAUGGGGUUCAGACAGCAUCCCAGCUCUGAAAGAGUGGAAGCUCAUAACCAUGCAAUUCCCAGCAGCAUAUAUUCAUGCAGGAACCAGCAAGGGAGUUCAGAGCAAUGUUUGGGCGCUCGAUUCCUGGGACAUGAUGAUCAACUGCUGAAGUCACUUGAGAUGCAAAGCUGUUUCCCAAGACAGAAUUAUAAGCAGAAUAUCCAACCUGCUGCUGAAACGACGAUGCGCCUAAUGGGCAAAACAGUUAGUCUUGGAACCGGCAUUGGGGGUUUAGAAAACUGUGGUCCAUGUUCCAGUAACCAAAUCAGAGCUGAAGAUCGUUGCUUUCUGGGGAUGUACACACAAGUUUCUCCGCAAUUGUUUCAUGAAGGUUUGGUUGAUCCUGCUGCAACAUUUAGGAUUUUGAAUGGAGGAAGACCACCAUCUGAAUAUGCAUCACGUUUUUCUUCUGUUCCAGCAGCUGAGCAAGGGCCCGGUUUCAGCAAAAGUAAUCAGAGUCGUCAACAUCAACUAGCCGUGCCAAACAAGGUGUCUAUGCAACCGGUGAGCAGGUACAAUGAGGUCAGACUGGGGCAUCAGCAACCAGCUGUGGCAAAUCAAGUUCAGAGUACUGCUAAUCAUCUACAACCUGGUCCUGCGCACUGCGGACGUACCGCUAGUGUUGCAACAAAGCCAUCUUACGAUCCAUGGAACAAGUUCAAAAACAUUGCAGAAACAAGACCAGGGCCAUCUCAGUUCAGCCUUUUCCCUGAAAACAGCAGCAGCAUGACACAAAUGACCCCAAUAUCCAACUGUAUGUCUGGCUACUCUGUUCAGAGCACUGCUGCACCAUCAACAACUCAAACAAAGUUUACCUCACUCCGACCAUUGCCCCCUUCAAUGGUCUCUUCUCAUGUUUUUAGCAGUGAAGCUGCACGGCCUCAUGGAUCUACUGCACCCCGGCCACUAGUUCCCCUGCCUCGUGAACCAGGUAAAAGUAAUGCUCCAGGUGGUGUGAUCUUUGAAGACAAGGGGAGCAUGAAACAGGCCACCGUAGUAGUAUCAAGAUCGAGUCUUGAGAGUUCGAAGCAAAUGAACAAGAGUUUCAAAGGACCGGCAGAAAAGGAUGAUGUGUUAUUGACAUCACCAAAAAAACCUUGCAUAGCAGUACGAAAGGACCUAAAUCCGCCUCCACUCCUGGUAGAAAUCUAUGGAUCCAGACCAGGUGGGCAGCCCCGAGAUAUGCCAGUUCGUCUCAACGGUGGGCAACCCCGAGAUAUGCCAGUUCGUCUCAACGGUGGGCAACCCCGAGAUAUGCCAGUUCGUCUCAACAGUGGGCAACCCCGAGAUAUGCCAGUUCGUCUCAGCGGACCUGAAACAAUUCUUCGAGCUGUAACCAGUGGUGCAAAUACACGUUCGGCGUUGACAGAUUCUUCCAGUACUGUGGGUACUAGACCUGUUAAGUUGCAAUCUGGAGCAAAGCACAUACUCCAGCCAUGUGCUAGUGCUAGCUUGGACCAGGUGGAUUCCUGGCCUGUGCGUUCGGUCAUACAGCUUGAAGUGGAGAAUGAUGCUCGCGCAGUAGGUGCGUCGAAGAAGACCGACCUGUGCUGA